ACCACAGAUUAGUCCUUUGCACUGAACAUCCUUAUGGUAAUACCAUAGAGCUAUGGUAAUACCCUCACCAAACAAAGUUAUAAACUACAGCUAUAAUUAGUACAAGACCAAAAGCCUGAUUAUUGACAAUGUCAGACAGCUCUAGUGCACACACAGCUAUAAGUAGUGAUGAUGAGAGAGAACUAAAUGACUUCAUGCAGUAUCCUGACUUCUCCAUGCUUCCAGAUGAAUUGAAACAGAAGGUGGAUAUUUCCAAAGUGAAAAAAACGCUACAAGAAGCUACCUCGUUGAGCAUCUUGGUGACAGGCAGGACAGGAACUGGCAAGUCCACCAUCAUCAAUGGACUUCUUGGAAUGAAGAUGGGAGAUGGGGCGUACGCUGCAGAAGGGGACGGCCUUGGUCCUCUAACAAGUGAGCUGCAGUAUUUCCAUAAGAAAAAAGGACGGAUUGAUGUGGUUGUUUGGGACUCGCGAGGUUUGCUGGACGGAAAAAUGGAUCAAGAUAAAGAUUUGAAAGAAAUGGUAGCAAAAUGUUCUGAAGUUGAUUUGAAACUGCUCUGCAUUGAUGUGAGUCAACGAAGGUUUGUGAGAGGAAAAGAAAAUGCUGACGUUCGAGCAAUGAAGAAGAUCACUGACGAGUUUGGAAUGGAUUUCUGGAGAAAUGUAAUGAUCAUUCUCACCUUUGCCAAUGAGGUUGAGGACAAAGUAUUCACGAAAAAGCUCAUAGAGUUUAAGGAAUGUUUAAACACAAGACUAAGAGAAGAUGUUGGGAUUCCAGAGGAUAUCGUUGUUUUCAUCAAAGCUGUUCCAGCAGGCCACUACGACGAAAGACAGCUACCAGAUCGUGAAUAUUGGCUGUCUGAUCUCUGGUUUGAGUGUUUGGAUGCUCUGCCUACUCCAGAAGCACAAGGAGCAUUCCUGACCUUGAACGUCAAUAGGAUCACACCUGCCUCCACAGUUACCGAAGAUCAAUUUUCCAGACCACUUCACAAGCAGCCACUUGUUAUCACACCAGAAAAAUCACUUCCAUUGAAGUCGGUUCUAAAAAUUUUGGGAUGCGGUGCUGCGGGAGCUGGCAGUGGUGGAGCUAUUGGGUUGUCUACUCUUGCAGCUGGAGGAGUUGGUGCGGCCGUGGGAGUCCCAGUUGGCAUUGUGAUGGGGUUCAUCAUUGGACUGGCUCUCGGGGUGCAUAAGGUGCACAUGGAUGAAGAAAAGAAAAACAAGUUAGACAAACAGCUUAUAUAAUUUAUUAUGGUUGAUGCUAAUCGUGUAUGAAUUAUGUGGUUAUGUGGUAAUGCGC